CCACCCACACGCCUUAUAGCGCGGCCCGGCCCGUCGCGUCCAGCCACAACCCACCACCAAAGCCUUGCCUCAACAAGCUCUGCUGCUCCUGCGUUGCUCCGUCGUCAGUCCGGCACCGCUCCCGAGCCCAGAGAUGGCCUCCGACGGCGUGAUCACGCACCGCAACGUCGACGUGAACGGGGUGCGCCUGCACGUCGCGGAGGCCGGGCCGGCGGGCGCGCCCGUGGUGCUGCUGCUGCACGGGUUCCCGGAGCUGUGGUACACCUGGCGGCACCAGAUGCCCGCGCUGGCCGCGGCGGGCUACCGCGCCGUCGCGCCCGACAUGCGCGGCUACGGUGACUCCGACGCGCCCUCCGGCGGCCCGGACCAGUACACCGCGCUGCAUGUCGUCGGCGACCUCGUCGCGCUCGUCGACUCCCUCGGCCAGAAGCAGGUCUUCGUGGUGGCGCACGACUGGGGCGCCUUGAUAGCCUGGAGCCUCUGCCUGUUCCGGCCGGAUAGGGUGAAGGCACUGGUCGCCUUGAGCGUCGCCUUCAACCCUCGGAACCCGGCGGUGAAGCCCGUGGACGCCUUCAGGGCUCUGUACGGAGAUGACUACUACGUCUGCCGCUUCCAGGAGCCUGGAGCAGUUGAAGCAGAAUUUAGGCGCCUUGGUACAGAGUUGGUGCUAAGAAAGUUUUUCGCUUAUCGAACUCCUGGCCCACUUUUCAUCCCGAAGAGCGGAUGGGGCUCACCAGAUGAGGAGGUGCCCUUGCCGAGUUGGAUCACGGAGGAGGACAUCAAGUACUACACGACCGAGUUUGACAAGUCUGGUUUCACCGGGGGAUUGAACUACUACCGUGCUUUGAAUAAAACAUGGGAUCUAACUUCACCAUGGACCGGAGCUGAGAUAAAGGUGCCAACCAAGUUCAUUGUUGGUGAUUUGGAUCUAACAUACAAUACUGCAGACGCACAAAAUUUCAUAAACAAAGGAGGCUUCAAAAAGUUUGUUCCAUUACUGGAUGAUGUGGUGAUAAUGAAGGAUGUCGCACAUUUCAUUAAUGAAGAAAAACCAAAGGAAAUUAGUGCACAUAUAAUCAGCUUCAUAAAUAAAUUCAGCUAAAAUGAAGUAUAUCAAAUGCAUCCUGGAAUAAGGUCAAAAUGUGCAUGCUUGUUGGAACUUUACAUUCAGGUCAUUGUAUUAUUAUGUUAUACAUGUACACAUAUAUGCAUGCAACUAUUGUUUUUACUAUAAAUUUCACUAUUUAUAUCA